AUGCAGGACGAGAAGCGAGGGGAGUCCUCGAAGAAACAGCCGGUGCGGUUACCUAUCAUUGCGCCCAAGGACGACCAAUCUUCCUCGACUAGCUCCAGCCGCAGCGGCCACCUGGGCCCUAGUGUUCCCCCGCGCGCCCGCCUACCUCCCCGGUCACGCACUGGAUGCUGGACGUGUCGCACCCGGAAAGUCAAAUGUGACGAAGGGAGGCCGGUUUGUGGUCAAUGUAGUCGUCUUGGUCACACUUGCGACUACAGUCCUCGGUUGGCCUUUCGAGAUGACACUCCGCGUGUUGUCGAGCGGAUGCAGGAUGUUACGGUGGUCACCAGCUCGGUGUGGGAUUCCAAUUCUCCUGCCGUGACAGAAGCCAACACCGGCUCAGCCGUUGUAGAUGACCUACCACCAUUUGCAUCACUGACCACCGACGAAGAACGCGAAAAGAAAGCCGAGCGAUCCAGCCCGGGAACUUACAAUGUUGUUGUCAACCAAGAUAGCUUCCAACACCUUCCGGAAUAUGGCGACGACCCGGAAGUCAAGACCGAGAUUUUAUCACCGUUGCGCCGAGGGUCCAUUGCCGCAUCACUGGCGAGUAGCACCGGACGCGAGACAGUUGUGGAAGGUACUCCUGUUGCUGGUGAUCCCAAUGUGGUGGUGUUGCCUCGGUUCGAGGAUGUCGGCCGGCGCAGCACGUUCAGUCAUUCCUCCAAGGAUACAAAGUCGCCGUUUUCGCCAACUGGCAGACCUACCCCUGUCAUCAAGUCUGAAGAAACAGUGGGACCCGUUUUCACUGAAGAGCCAGCAUCCGUCAUGAUGGACGACCUACGGAUCGGCCAGGAUGCUCGAUACCUGCGACAAUUCCGACAUGUGGUAUGGAGACAGCUCGUACCAUCCGAGCGGGAUUCAAGAGACGGCAUGAUACCUUCAAGCGUGAAUGUUUUGGAGACGGCAGCGAGGACCUUCCCACCAUUACACCAUGCGAUGAUGGCGGUCGCAGCUUUGAGUCUGGCUGUUCAGGAAGGGAAAGAACGAUUAGACGCGCUACAACAUUACCAGCAAGCUCUGCCAGCGUUACAGAGCGCCCUCAAAAGCCCCAAUGAUUUGUGUUCGGAUGGCGCGUUUUUGACUCAUUUCUUGUUACUCGUUUAUGAGAUUGCCGCGGCCGAAGACGGCCAUUCGAAUCUCUGGUCCCCUCAUCUUUCGACCCUUUUACGAAUUACCCUGUCACGGCGCGAAGUUUUUGGAGGAGAAAGAUAUCCGUUUGUUGUGUGGUGGAUUUGCGACAUUGACUUGGGUGCUCUCUUCAGUGGUAGCGGCCGGGGAGAGUUUGUGGGAUACAUGUUGAACCACGACAUCAUCCCGCCGCCUAGUUUCCACCUGUAUCCUCUCGGUCUGGACGGAUCCAGCGUGGUUUAUGCGCAUGAGCUGGAAUCACUACCGACGAUCCUGCAGCUGGAUCACGAGGUGACGGUGUUGGCCAUUCGAUUGGGCCUUCUCGCGCGCGAGUUCCGACAGGGCGCCAACAAUAUCGACCACACCGAUAUGAUGCGACGAGCGCAGACGACCCGGAUACGGCAGACCCGAAUAUUCGAGGUGCAAGAAGCCCUGAGACAGUUGUGGGUGACGCCUGGAGUGUCGAUGGUGAGCCACAACGCCUGCAACCUUCCUUCCAGAUCGAAAGUGCUGUACGAACACGCGGCCGCGCUCUAUCGGGCCUGCAUUCUUUACUCUCAUACAUCCAUGUGGCCGGGUCAGCGCCUGGAAACGUCGCCGGACUACGACACGGAAAUUGCGGUCGCUUCGACCCAGAUCCUCGAGAUGACGCGGAAGGCUUUAGCCGAAGAUCGGGCCGACUGUCGAUAUCUGGUGUUUCCGGUCUUUAUAGCCGGAUUCGCCAGUCUGGACGGCGGACAGAGAAUGCUGGCGUUAGAUUUGAUCCGCAGUAUGGAGAAGACGAGUAUUGGACGAAACACGGCCACGACACGCAAGGCCCUGGCCGCGGUCUACGAGAAACAGAAUGAACGAUUCAUGAAUACGGGACAAAGUUUGGACGUGGAUUGGAUGGAAGUCAUGGUGGAAAGGGAUCUGAGGGUGGUCAACUUUGGAGUUUGA